AUGUCCUCUCUGCCGCCAUCUGCUCACCUCACGCCAGUGUCAGGCAGUAGUUAUGAUGCUACUUAUGACCAGACACCCGUCAUGCGCGGUCUUCCUCCGGCAGACGCUGGACCUACGUUCCCGGAUGCGUCAUACUCCAUGCAGUUCACCAGCGUGUUCGCCGUUCCUGCGGACGACCGCUUCGUGACUUUUUUCAACGUCCUUUGCGACUCUCAUGGGCGCAGUGCUUCCGCCAUCUGGUAUCUAACGACCUUGGGCAACAUGAGCGUAUACCUUGGCGCAUGUAUUGUCAAUCAGUACACCAAGGGCACGCAGGCGUAUGCGGUCGUGCAGGACUGCAUCGUCCGUGACGCUACUCACGUCCUCUUUCGGGUGAAGAUCAAGUAUUGGGUGACGCCCGAGGGUCUCUCCAAGCCCGUCUGCGAUACCUUCGCGUUUCUUCUCGCCCCGGUGGGACUCACGGACGGCGAGUGGUCGAGAGAUCUGGGCGACUACAUCAGCACGAGUGCGCCCGGAUUGCUGAUUCAUCAGCUACAGGACGCCAUUCAGCGCGUCAAGCAGGCCACCGAGGACAGUUCUGUCGUGGGUCUCGUUUGGGAAGACCCCCUCCUGUCGGCUCUCGCCAUGACCUAUCGUGCAAGCCCAGUCAUGAAGUACUUCGCACACGAGCGCGACUUCGCUGUCGCUGUGCAUUGUGCGGAUCUCGAGCCCGCUGCCGCCGCACGAUCGUGA